ACUGUGUCCUAGUUGGGAUCAGAGGAUGGCUAAACAGGUUAUUCCUAUUCUUGUAGGUUUGUAUUCUUUAGGUAAAGUCCGGAAUGAUGCAGACUUGGUGAGUUUUUGACGUCAGAUUUGAGAGAUUGUCUUCUCUGCAUCCACGCAGGGAGAUAAGAAGUCUUAGCCUCCUCACUCCCACCUAUCUUUUCUUCUCUCUCCCCUCCUCAUAUUCCUCCCACUUCGGCCUUUCCGGCAUUACUACAAAUCGGAGGAGGAUACAUGGGACUCGGGUUCAAAUCCAGGCUCAGCCUCUUACUGUGUGGCCCUGGGCAAGUAAAUGACUUUCCCCCAUUGUGCUUAGAGAACUGGCCUCCGGGAUCCCUUCCAACCCUAAGUGUACGAGCUGAAGCCUCUCCCCUUACCACUGUGCCUUAGUUUCCCCGUCUGUAAAAGACGGACAAACUAGAUGAUUCCCAGGUGGAGUACCACAUGUGUUUCACAUCCCCAGCAGGGAGGACCCUCCGCAGCCCCUCUCGGAACAGCGGAAGAAACUGAGGCCCAGGCUCCCUCCCUCCCUGGUGGGGGAGGAAUUCCCGGCACUAGGACCCGGAGGAGCGCGGGUAGUUGUGGUAAAUAUAGCUCGCGGGAGGGAGGGACGGGGGAGGGCAGCUGGGCUCCCCUCCACCUCUUCCCAGCCGUUAUGGACGCGGAGUCGACAGCCCCAGCAGGAGGCCCGGCGGAGACCGCGGGCUCGGAGACCGGGCGGCAGCUAGCCCGAAUCACGCCGCGGCUGCUCCUAGGGCCCGCGCGUGUCGCUGCGGACGCGGAACUGCUGGCGCGCGAGCGCGUCACGUUUUGCGUCAAUGUGACCCGGCAGCAGCCGUGCCCGCGCGCGCCGGGCGUGCGCACGCUGCGCGUGCCUGUCUUUGACGACCCGGCCGAGGACCUGCUGACGCAUCUGGAGCCCUGCUGCGCCGCUCUGGAGGCGGCCGCGCGCGCCGGCGGCACGUGCCUCGUGUACUGCAAGAACGGGCGCAGCCGCUCGGCGGCGGUGUGCACCGCCUACCUCAUGAGGCACGGCGGCCUCAGCCUGGAGCAGGCCUUCCAGAUGGUGAAAAGGGCCAGACCCGUGGCCGAGCCCAACCCGGGCUUCUGGGCCCAGCUGCGGAAGUACGAGGACGCCCUCCAGGAGCGGACCCCCAGGAGCGACCCGAGGCCCGAGGCCCUGAGCGGAGCCAGUCCUUGGGAGUCAUGCGAGACCGAGACACGCGAAAAAGGAUCACCGGGUCACCCCGUGUCGGUGGGGCGGCCUUAGAGCACAGCUCUGAGCAGUCUGAAGGGCCCCCUGUGGUUUCAGGGUGUACCGUGGAAAGUGGGGCAGACCCCGGUUGUUUUUUAUAAAGCCUUUUAUUUUCAAAAUACACGCAUAGUUUUCAACAUUUACCCUUGAGUACCCCAAUUAUGAAGGAUAGCAGGGGGUACUGGGCUGGAACCUGAGAGCUGAAAGCAAAAAGCCUGGGUGUGAAUCAGAUCUUGGCCGUCUCCCUCAAACUCUCUGCCUCAGUUUCUCUCUGUGUACAAUGGCCUCUCUCACCAAGCUCACUUCCCAUCCCCUUUCCCCCAUUCAGGCUGAGUCAAUGCUCUCCCUCUCAGCUUCCUUCCUUCUGGAAUCCCCAGUCAGAAGGUGAGGAACUCCCUGGACUUUCCAAAAAACAGAUCUUGAUCAUAAGGGAAUGGGGGCCUCCAGGGAAGGCGUGUACCCCCCCAGGUCAGCAUCUUCUAGUCUACAAAGUAAGAGGUUGGGUGACUUGCCCAUCACAGCCCAGCUGUCAGAAACCCGCAGCCCUCAGGACCCCCUGACGUUGCAUCUUACUCUCUGUAACAUCCAGAUAAUAAAUAGCUGGCAUUUAUAUACUUCCUUUAAGGCUCAAUACAGGCUAAGUACUUACUUUACAGAGGAGAAAACUGAGGUUCCGAGAGUUUAUACAACUGCCUAUGAUCCCUUAGAUUUAUUCUUCUUGAAAACAAGUGGUGGAAGCAGCAUUCCAAUCCAGAUGUUUCCUGAAUCCAAGUUUCCAGUAUACGAUGCUGCUGCCCCUUACAACUACUGUUUAAUAAGGAAGAACUUUCUAAUAAUUGGCUCUGUCCAAAAAGUAGAACGAGCUGCCUAUGAGGCAGUGAGACGCCAUUCACCAGAGCUAUGUAUAAACUGGAGAAGUCUCCAUAAACUUGUCUUUAAAACUCCAGCACAGCCUUUGUCAUCACAGGCCCAUAAACUUUUUUUCCCCCUAAAUAUAUUUUGAAACUAUACUUCAAUAUAAUUGGCAUCCUUUUUGAUCCUAGUAUUCUAUGCAUUUAAAAACAUGAUUCUGAGAUGUUCAAGAGGUCCAGGACCUAAAAAGUGAAGGUCCUCUGCUCUGGUACUAAAGGGAAAAAAAAAAAACAAAGAAAUGGAAAAGAACUGGAUCUUCAAAUUUAUUGGUUGAGUAAACUCUUAAGUGUGGAACUUCCCUCUACAACCAGAGAGAGGAGAUUUCUCUGCAAGUUGUCUUAGACAAACAAGUAUGAAAGGCUUAGGAACUCUGACCUACAAAAUGAUCCCCCAUGGAGCCAGAGGUCACCUGAUAACUCUUGCUGCCCACCUUCAAAGACACUUGAUGGACCCAGAGGGGAGACUGAAGCAUGGGUUUUUUGGACAUGGCUAAAGAGGGAAUUUGUUUUGCUUGACUUUAUAGGUGUGUAGUAAAUUUUGUUUUUCUUGCUUUCUCAAGAUAGGCAUGAAGAAGAAAAUUCAAAGCUUAAAAUAAAAUAAAAUUGAAUUUUAAAAAAUGAAAAAAAAUUUCAAGCAUGGUAACAAGAAAAUAAAAUCCUAGUUACCUAAGCUACUGAGAAGUGACAUGGCUAGGGUCACACAGCUAAGAUGGGUCAGAGGCAGGAACCAAAAUCUGAUCUUGACAUCAAAGCCAGCUAUGCAGCUUUUCUAGAAAAGAAAAGAAAAAAACAGAAAUCAUAAAAUGUUUUAGAGAGCAUAUUCUAAGCAACAUGAAACAAGUCCCAGCCCCACCAGCAGACACAGUGGAGACAAAACCUUCAGAUUGAAGGACCAGGAACCACCUUGUAGUUGCUGGAUGAAAGUCACAGGGCAGGACAAAGGCCAGAGCCAUUAAGGAUCUCCUUUGGAUUAAUACUGAUACAUGAAGUACUUUUUCGGUCCAAGUUGGGAUGCUUAUCUGCUCUGUAAACCAGAAAAAUAUGUGGGGGCAUUCAGAAACAAAAGGGUUUGUCAGCAGAUAUCAAGAGUCAGAGGCCUUAAGCCUAGGCCAUCCUUACUCUGAGGCUGACUCCUUGUCCUCUGUUACAUGGCAAAUUAAAUUGAAUAGAAAUAAAUGUUAAAUCCUAUAUAGAA